GUCUGCAUCCUAUAAAAGUUCCCAAGAGCUCAAAGUACCCGAGGCUGGCAUCGAGAUGGAGAAGGGGCUCACGUGCUUGUGCCUGCUCGUCCUCACCGUCAGAGAUGCAUGUGGAUUUAAAAUUCGAAAUAAGCUCCUGAAUAAAUGUCUUCAGGUGAAUGAGGGGUCUUACGGAGGUCGAGUGUCACUGGCAGAAUGCAACCCCGACUCGUACCUGCAGGAAUGGAGUUGGCUGGAGGACGGCCAGGCCCUGAGCAGUCAGCACACCGGAGAGUGUCUGACCGCCCCGAGGGAGCAGUACGAAGGGGUUUACCUGCAGGCCUGCGUCGUUAAGUCAAGAUAUAACCAAGCUGGUGAAGAGGCGGCAGCGCAGGCUUUUAGCAGAGAGGCAAGCAGCCAGGCGUGGACCUGCUCCAAGAAGGGACACCUCACUCUGAUAUCCAGAGGUCUGCAUCUUAACGCUGCACAAGAGUCCACUCUGGUCUUCCUUUCCAGGGAACACAAACAGGGCAGCAGAUGGCAGAACCUGGAUCAUAAAACAUUGUGCAAUGGGAAAGACGACAAACACAUUCGUAAACAAUCUCACCAUCAUCCAGUGGAGACACUGAACCCCCAGACUUCCCCAGGCUACAUCCCUGACGUGCACAGAGAGGUUGAAGCAGCUGAGGUUACAAUGAGUACCAACGUUACAGAAUCUCACUCCAUAACAGAUUUGACCACUUCGUCCUUGAGUACAAAGUCCCCUACAGAUCCAUCUGUGAUGUUUUACAAUAUGGUGUAUGGAAUGGGCUGGAAGAUAACCAUGCUGGUCCUGAGCUCGCUGGCUCUGAUUGUGGGGAUUGCCAUUCUGAUUGUCAGCCUUUACUUUAAUCACAGGAAGAAGGUCGUCUGUGUUUUGAAGUCUUACACUCCAAGGCCUGAGGUGAUCCAGGGAUCGCCGGGCCGCAGCGACACAGCCCCGCUAACUGAACAUGCCAUGCGCCUGCCAUAUUCCUCACCCGCCGUACAACAGGGAGAAAUCCUGAUAGAGUGGAAGGACGGCUCCGUUACUCCUUUAUAUGAGGCCUGAAAGCUUUUAUACUGUUUUUGCAGCAAGCAGCGAUGUGUCUGAUAUUUUUGGGUUAAAGUUAAAUAAAAACAUAGAUUACAGAUUUAAUGAGUGUCUUCUUGCAGAUUUGUAGUUUUUCUGUUGAAGAGAAUGGGUGUUGUUCUCUGAAUGUGCAUCACAGGAGACUUUAAGAAAAGAAAGUUAUUGGUAUAACUAAUGUUCACUCGUGUUUUAUAAAGUUUCAUCACUGGACGCUAAUUAGAACUUAGCUUAUAUGUUUGUUCAUUCGUAUGUUUGUUCUUUUUAACUAUUCAUUUGGUUUUGAUACUGACUUACUGUUGGAUUAAUAGAAUUUAUCGUGGGCUUUUGAUAUUGGUACUUUGUAAACAGUCGCUGACAAACUGUCGAGAGGUUUUGAUGGCAGGUUAAUGAUUUUAAAAAUAGAUGAAGCCUAUUUGGUAGUUGUGAUCUUCACUCCAAGCACUUUCCAGACAUUUAGGUAACAAUGAUAUUUUCUGAUAUAGUUUGAAAAUCCAGUGCUAGAUUAAAGGUUGCUUUUGUUGUGUAUUUUCAAUUUUUUCUGUGUGUUUAUGUCGAGUCUUGGUGGGACUGUUAUUCUUUUUUACUUAAAUAAUCCUGAUGCAACUGUAAAUAAGCUAAUAAAGUUCAAUUUAAAUCUGA